AUGGCGUGUUACGCACCAUCUGGCUCAGCAGACUUCCCUGCGCACAUACAGCCACACCUUGUGUCGAGAACCAACGACACUCUCGACCAGCUGGCAGAGAUUGCGGACACCAUUAUGGAGGCAACCAAAGCCCCGACCGCAAAAAUCUCCGAGGUGAUUCCUGCUACCGACGCAAACGCCCUACACCGUUUGCUGCUCGAGCAGAUAGCAGCCGUGCAGAACGAAGUCGCAGAACUGAAAUUAAAAGAAUUAAGAGAAGGCGGCAGGGACAAAUUCCGGCCAAGGCCACGAUCCCGAUCACGUUCUGGGCAACGAAGAAGAUCUGCCUCAGGUCCAUGUUGGUACCACUGCAGAUUCGGACAAGCUGCAAAGAAAUGCCAACCACCGUGCAAUUUCCGAAGGACGGGAAACGCGUCGACUCCCCAGUAA